AAGAGGGCAUUGGAUCCCCUGGAAUUAGAGUUUCAGAUAUCGAGCCACCAUGUGGAUGCUGGAAACUGAUCCGUGUCUUCUGCAAAAGCAGCAAGUGCUCCUAACUGCUGAGCCAUCUCUGCUGCCCUUUCUGAAGUGAACAGCAUGACAAAGCCAUUUGGUGAACAGUCCUCCUCCGCCAGGUGCUCUUGCCAUGAGGCACUGUGCUGCCACAGGACAAAAGCAACAGAGACAAGCAAACAUGGACCAGGCGUGAUCAUCCUCCAAUAAGAAUAGAGUGCCGAGUCCCGUAGAGCCAAUAGCGAAAACCCGAGGGGCAGUGGAGGCGGACUGUGCAAGGAAACAAGAAGACAAGCCCAAGAUGGAGGUGGUGGCGGUGGUAGCGGCGUGACAGGAGCCCCAUGGCACCUUCCCAGCCCCACCUCAGCCCAUCUUGACAAAGUCUUAGGCUCCAUGGAGCCACCGAGAGGUUCCCCUGCUAAUGGGGCUGAGCCAUCCCGGGCAGUGGGCACUGUUAAGGUGUACCUGCCUAACAAGCAACGCACAGUGGUGACUGUCCGGGAUGGCAUGAGUGUCUAUGACUCUCUGGACAAGGCCCUCAAGGUACGGGGCCUCAAUCAGGACUGCUGUGUGGUCUACAGACUCAUCAAAGGGCGAAAGACAGUCACUGCCUGGGACACAGCCAUUGCCCCCCUAGAUGGUGAAGAGCUCAUUGUGGAAGUCCUAGAAGAUGUACCACUGACCAUGCAUAAUUUUGUACGGAAGACAUUCUUCAGCUUGGCUUUCUGUGACUUCUGCCUUAAGUUUCUGUUCCAUGGCUUUCGCUGCCAAACCUGUGGCUACAAGUUCCACCAGCAUUGUUCCUCCAAGGUCCCCACAGUCUGUGUGGACAUGAGUACCAACCGCCAACAGUUCUACCAAAGCAUCCAGGAUUUGUCUGGAGGCUCCAGGCAACAGGAGGCUCCCUCAAACCGCUCUGAGCCACUAACCCCCCAGGGUCCCAGCCCCUGCACCCAGCACUGUGACCCGGAGCACUUCUCUUUCCCUGUUCCGGCCAAUGCCCCCCUGCAGCGCAUCCGCUCCACAUCCACUCCUAACGUCCACAUGGUCAGCACCACAGCUCCCAUGGACUCUAACCUCCUGCAGAUCACGGCUCAGAGCUUCAGCAGUGAUGCUGCUGGUAGAGGUGGUAGUGAUGGAGCCUCCCGGGGGAGCCCCAGCCCAGCCAGUGUGUCCUCAGGGAGGAAGUCCCCACAUUCCAAGUCACCUUCAGAGCAGCGGGAACGAAAGUCCUUGGCAGAUGAAAAGAAGAAAGUGAAGAACCUGGGGUACCGGGACUCAGGCUAUUACUGGGAGGUGCCACCUAGUGAGGUACAGCUCUUGAAGAGGAUCGGGACAGGCUCGUUUGGCACUGUGUUUCGGGGGCGGUGGCAUGGUGAUGUGGCUGUGAAGGUGCUCAAGGUGGCCCAACCUACUGCUGAGCAGGCCCAGGCCUUCAAGAAUGAGAUGCAGGUGCUCAGGAAGACACGACAUGUCAACAUCUUGCUGUUCAUGGGCUUUAUGACUCGGCCAGGGUUUGCCAUCAUCACACAGUGGUGUGAGGGCUCCAGCCUCUACCACCAUCUGCAUGUAGCUGACACACGUUUUGACAUGGUCCAGCUCAUCGACGUGGCCCGGCAGACUGCCCAGGGCAUGGACUACCUCCAUGCCAAGAACAUCAUCCACCGAGACCUCAAGUCCAACAACAUCUUCCUGCAUGAGGGGCUUACAGUGAAGAUUGGUGACUUCGGCCUGGCCACAGUGAAGACGAGGUGGAGUGGGGCUCAGCCCUUGGAGCAGCCCUCGGGCUCUGUGCUAUGGAUGGCAGCUGAGGUGAUCCGGAUGCAGGACCCAAACCCCUACAGCUUUCAGUCGGACGUCUAUGCCUAUGGGGUUGUGCUGUACGAGCUCAUGACCGGUUCACUGCCUUAUAGCCACAUUGGCAGCCGUGACCAGAUUAUCUUUAUGGUGGGCCGUGGCUACCUGUCUCCUGACCUCAGCAAAAUCUCCAGUAACUGCCCUAAGGCCAUGCGCCGCCUGCUUUCUGACUGCCUCAAAUUCCAGCGGGAGGAGCGGCCACUCUUUCCCCAGAUCCUGGCCACAAUUGAGCUGCUGCAACGGUCACUUCCCAAGAUUGAGCGGAGUGCAUCGGAACCCUCCUUGCACCGAACCCAGGCUGAUGAAUUACCUGCCUGCCUUCUCAGCGCAGCGCGCCUUGUACCUUAGGCCCCACCCCCAGCCACCUGGGAGCCUAGUUCAGCCUGUCAUGCCAAGGAGUUCUCUUUGCCCAACAGCCAAUCAAUGUUCUGUCUCUACCUUGAUACUGCCUCAGGAUCCCCAAUCCCCGACCCUGGAAGAUAUGAGGGUCCCUUUGUAUUUUUCCAGUUACCUUGGAAUUCAGGGACCCCCCCCCCAAUACUGAGAACCCCUGCUUUCAUAAUUUGGUUUCCUCUUGACUUUGAUGAUACUUCUGAUUUGGAGAGCUCUUCCAUCUCCAAUGGCUGGGAUUUGUGGCAGGGAUUCCACUCAGAAACUUUCGGGAAUUUGUGCAUGAUGUGCCUUCACUGGAUUUGGGGUCUCCAGCACCCCAUGUGGAUUUGGGGGGUUCCCUUUGUGUCCCCCACUAUCCAAGGACUCUCCUCUUUACCAAGAAGCACAGAAUUCUGCUGGGCCUUUGCUUAUUUA